AUGUCGGCAAUAUUAUCAUCGGAUGAUGAGGAGCCAGAUACUGGGCUCGACUUUAGUAACAGCAGUUUUGCUCUGGGUAACACGGAGUCAACAGAAACUGCCACUCCACCAGCUGUGGGGAAUCACCAGGCAAGGACUAGGAAGCGAUGGUCGAGCAAUUCGGGAGAUUGUAGGGUGAAGCUGAAGCCUCCCUUGGCAGACGGGGUCCAUACAAGUGUUAACGGGGACUACAUAUCGCCAGGACAGUUGUAUUCAACGGAAUCUGGUAGGUUGUUUCAUGCGGGAAAGAUAUUAAUCGUUUUGGUUGGUCUUCCAGCUACUUCAAAGACAUUGGUUUCUGUUUCUAUAACAAGGUAUACUAGGUGGUUGGGGGUUAGGACUAACUCGUUUCAUGUAUCAGAAUACAGACGCGAAAAGGCAGCUAUGGACUGUAUCAAAGUACCUUUGGAUUACUUUUCUGCCAAGCCAACGACCGAGGAAGGAGCUAAGUUACGGGGGAUGAUUCUGCGGGAUGUAACUGAUGAUAUGAGGAAAUUCUUUGAGGAAGAAAAGGGCCAGCUGGCAGUAUAUGAUGCAUUAAAUAUCAUUAAAAGCGAGAGGAAACGGCUCGCCGAAACGUUUGAGUCUCUGAAUAUUAAAGUUUUGUUUAUCGAAUCAGUGGUCAAUGAUGUGAAUCUACUUAAUCGAAAUGUCGAAAUGGCAGCUAAUUCUUUCGACUACCAAGGAUGGUCAAAAGAAGAUGCUAUUACCGAUUAUGUGAAGAGACUCAAAUUGAAUAAGAGUUUGUACGAGGAAAUGACUCCUGAGGAGGGUUUAAGCUAUGUGAAGUACAUCAAUUUUGGUGAAAAAUUAAGCGUCAAUAAGAACUAUCAUGGGUUUUUAAUUAACAAGAUUGUGUUUUUCCUGAUGAACUUGAGGGAUAAGAAGGGAUGUGUAUACUUUGCUCGCUGUGGAACUAGCGACAAAGACAAGUACAUUGACGAUGAAGAUCUGAACGAAAAGGGCAUUGAAUAUUCUAAGGUUUUGACGGACACUGUUCUUGAGCAGAUCAAUAAGAGACGUAUGGAACAAAAUGACACUCCGGUGUAUGGUGAGAAUUUAGCGUCUGCAUCUUCUCUGAAUUCUCUAGCAUCUGAAAAUGAGAAUCCACUAGUUCCAACAUCAGCUACUAUGAAGAGAACGGAAUCACUUGGAAAGACAAAUCUGAGGCAAUAUGCCUCCGGAGAUGGAACUGACGACGAUUCAUUUGUAGUUUGGACUGCUCCACGUAAAAGAACCUACGACACCGCUGCAUUUUUCCUUGAAAAAGGUAUAAAAGUACGCCAGUGUUCUCAAUUACAACAGCUACAUCCGGGAAUGGUUUCAGACCUCUCAGAGGACGACAUAAUAGAACAAUUUCCUACCGAAUACAAAGAAUAUAUGAAAGAUCCCUACCACCAUAGAUUUCCAAGAGCAGAGUCAUAUCAUGAUUUAGCCGUGAGAAUUGAACCUUUGCUCUUAGAAAUGGAACGUAUGUGUGGUGACAUUUUAAUAAUUGGACACGAGUCUACGUUAAAAGUAUUAUACGGUUACGUAGUAGCUUGUUCAUGUCAUGAUAUACCUUCUCUAAAGUUUAUAAGAGAUGAAUUGAUUGAGAUCUCAUUUGGUCCGUUUGAAAAUAAAGUUACUAAAAUACCACUUACUGUUGAAAACAAGGGUGAGCGAGUGAAUGAACCAACGAACACACGAAUGUAA